CAUGGUGCUCUCUGAGCUGGCUGCGCGCCUCAACUGCGCCGAGUACAAGAACUGGGUGAAGGCGGGCCACUGCCUGCUACUGCUACGCGGCUGCUUGCAGGGCUUCGUCGGCCGCGAGGUGCUCGCCUUCCACCGCAGCCUGCUAGCCGCCGCCCCCGGCCUGGGCCCCCUCGCCACCUGCCGCAGCGGCUCGCGGGGCAGCCCGCGCGCCCGCCAGUUUCAGCCUCAGUGUCAGGUGUGCGCAGAGUGGAAACGGGAGAUUUUGAAACAUCACACCAGCAAAAAUGGAGACGUCCACUGGGGAAACUGCCGGCCGGUCCGCUGGCCGGUCGACGCCUGGGAGGUGGCCAAGGCCUUCAUGCCCCGAGGACUGGCAGACAAAACAGGACCCGAGGAAUGUGACGCGGUUGCUCUUCUAAGUCUCAUCAACUCCUGCGAUCACUUCGAGGUUGAUCGAAAGAAAGUCACAGAGGUGAUUAAGUGUCGUAACGAGAUCAUGCACUCUUCAGAGAUGAAAGUAUCUUCUGUGUGGCUUCGAGAUUUUCAGAUAAAGAUCCAAAAUUUUCUGAAUGAAUUUAAGAAUAUCCCAGAGAUUGUGGCGGUAUACUCCAGAAUAGAACAGCUGUUGACAUCUGACUGGGCUGUUUACAUGCCUGAGGAGGAUCAGCCAGAUGGGUGUGACUAUGAAACAGGAGUUUACCUGAGUGAGCACCAAGUAAACGAGAUAGAAAUGGAAUUACUAAAGGAAAAACUUCAAGAGCUAUAUCUUCAAGCAAAAGGACAAGAGGUGUUGCCUGAAGAGAUCUUAAAUCAACUGGAAGUGGUGAAAGAAUUUCUGAGAAACAACGAGGAUCUUAGAAAUGGUCUUACAGAAGAUAUGCAGAAGCUAGACAGCCUCCAGCAACAGCCUCAAAAACUGGAUUCGAAGGAAGCUAGGGCACAGACACCUGAAGGGAAGGCCUGAAGUUGACCUUCAACAAAAAUCAGGCAUGUUCUGUGAAAGUCAGCCGGGCUUCCAUCUCAGCUGUCCUUUUCUGUGCAAAAGGGAAAACUUACCCAAGUACUCCACUCAAACAAAAAGGAAUUUGUGUCCUCUUUUCCUGGACUUUCCUUUAACUCUCUGGAAGUUUUUUUUUUUUUUUUUUUUUUCACAUUCCUAAGCUUGGUGUUAUGUGAUCUGUACCAGCCAAAAAAUAUUAGAUACUCUUGUGCCAAACUUGCU